GCUUGCGUUUCAUUGUGCUUUCUGAAAAAUACCGAAUCCUUUGCAAGUCAUUGCUUGUAGAGCAGUUUUUGAUACUUAAACUUGUUUCUAGAAAUGGCUGAUAUAGAAAUGCUUGUGUCCGAUAAGGACGAAUCUGAUGUGCGCCCAGCGAAGGACAUAAACCUAGAUGAAUCUGAUAUGGAAGAUUUAUACACCAAAUAUAAGAAAUUGCAAAAAAUGUUAGAGUUUCUUGAGGUCCAGGAGGAGUAUAUCAAAGAUGAACAGCGUAAUUUGAAAAAGGAAUAUCUUCAUGCUCAAGAAGAAGUUAAGCGUAUUCAAUCUGUACCACUGGUGAUUGGACAAUUUUUGGAAGCGGUCGAUCAAAACAAUGGCAUUGUAGGGUCGACUACUGGGUCGAAUUAUUUUGUGCGAAUUCUUUCUACGAUUGAUCGGGAGUUGUUGAAACCGUCGGCCAGUGUGGCUUUGCAUAAGCAUAGUAACGCGUUGGUCGAUGUGUUGCCCCCGGAGGCGGACAGUUCUAUAUCAAUGCUGCAAGCUGAUGAAAAACCUGAAGUUCAGUAUUCAGACAUCGGUGGUAUGGACAUGCAAAAACAGGAGAUUCGCGAAGCAGUUGAACUUCCAUUGACUCAUUUUGAAUUGUAUAAGCAAAUUGGUAUUGACCCACCAAGAGGUGUUCUGAUGUAUGGUCCCCCGGGAUGUGGCAAAACAAUGUUGGCUAAAGCCGUUGCCCAUCAUACCACUGCUGCUUUUAUAAGAGUUGUGGGAUCUGAAUUUGUCCAGAAGUACUUGGGUGAAGGACCUCGCAUGGUUCGUGAUGUCUUCCGUUUAGCUAAAGAAAAUUCCCCAGCUAUAAUUUUCAUUGACGAGAUCGAUGCUAUCGCAACGAAAAGAUUUGAUGCUCAAACAGGAGCGGAUCGUGAAGUGCAGCGAAUUCUCCUCGAACUUCUCAAUCAGAUGGAUGGUUUUGAUCAAACGACCAAUGUCAAGGUUAUUAUGGCCACCAAUCGUGCCGAUACUCUGGAUCCGGCAUUGCUCAGACCCGGACGCCUUGAUCGUAAGAUUGAGUUCCCCUUGCCCGAUCGAAGACAAAAACGAUUAAUUUUCUCAACUAUCACUGCAAAAAUGAACCUUUCUGAAGACGUUGAUCUAGAGGAUUACAUAGCAAGACCCGAUAAAAUAUCUGGUGCGGAUAUUAACGCCAUUUGUCAGGAAGCUGGGAUGCAUGCUGUUCGUGAAAACAGAUACAUCGUUUUGGCUAAAGAUUUCGAGAAAGGCUACAAAAAUAACAUUAAGAAAGAUGAAACUGAACACGAGUUCUACAAAUAAUAACAUAUGUCACCCUUGGAAUUCGUGGAUUCUUUUUUACUAUGAAUAAUAAAAAAUUAUAUGUA